AUGGCGCUCCACUUGAAGCCGCUUGUGCUUUUCCAGGGCAGCUCAGGAGCGCCUACGCUCAAUUCGCUCGUGCAACGUAACUGCUCCGGCCGCUUACAGGCGGCUUUGGUCUCGAGGUCGUCGUCCAGUGCGUGCAGGGCGUGUCAACCUGCGCACAAGCGGCGCUGGCUAGCAAGUCGAGCGCACAGCACACGGAAACGGGAGAACGGCGUCGGCGUGCGUCCUUGCUCGCAACUCCGCGCUAUGAGCGACCACGGUGAUCAGCGACGAGGACACGAGACAUCGCGGGAACGAAGAGCGCAUCUCAAGUCAGCAAACGACCUGGGCAAUGGCGUUGCACCGGAGCCGCACGAUACCGCGAAACGCAACCAAAGUCGAGAGCGUUCCAAAGUGAGAUCGCUUCUACUCUACCUGUCCUUCUCAACUACGUUUAUCCUGGGGUUAAUACCUUUGUCAUUGUACCUGGGGCCGCCGCUUACUGGACUUGGGUUUGCGGACUCGAAGUGGUUUUAUCUGGACUCGGCACCGACGAUUGCCUUUCUCGUGGGGUACGUGGGUUUCCUGUUCCUGGAUCGUUCACUAACGCGCUCGCUGCUGUUUGUGCUCGGCAUCUCGGCGGUGUUAUCGACCAUCACUUUGAAAGUCGAUGAAUUAAAGUUACUAAAAGCUGAUAAUGAGACAGCUUUUUUGGUAUUUACGGUACCACUGGUUUCAUUUUUCACGAUUCGGUACCUGAUUGAGCGGAGCGAGCAGCAGCGAGAACCUUCGAAGGAAGCACCUCCCGCCACCGCAGAGACGGACCAGACAACAGAGACCCGAGGUCGCACUGGGAAAUAA